AAGGUUGACAAGAAUCUUCAUUAUUAUAAAAUUAAUUUUAACGACGCUAUUAAAUUGUGCUGAAAUUCAACGCAAUCACUUCAAUGAAAAGGGUCAAUCUUUUCUAUUUAGCUGGAAUUCACGAAAUUUCAUUCCCAUUAUUCUAUGUUGAUAGAAGAUUCUAUGAAGAUUUACCAUUGAAUCGAUUUGUUAGGCGUUCCUGUUCUUUUCGUUAGCGUCUUUCAUCCCAACAUCUUUUUAUCACUACUGAAAAAUUCAGUGUAUGUCCGAACAGUGUAUAUGUCGCAAAUUUAUUGCGUUUUAAGUGUUGUUUAAUGUGUUAAUCUGAAAUUUUCCGAAGGGUAGAAAACGUUAAUCAUCAAUAGCAAAUAUAAUGUCUCGCUAUAGGGAAUGGGAUCUUUCCUGCAAAGUAUAUGUAGGUAAUCUAGGAUCUUCUGCUAGUAAGCAUGAGAUUGAAAGCGCUUUCAGCAAGUAUGGUCCCCUCAGAAAUGUCUGGGUUGCACGAAAUCCGCCAGGUUUUGCUUUUGUGGAAUUUGAGGAUUCUCGAGAUGCCGAAGACGCUGUGAGGGGGUUAGACGGAACUCGAUGUUGUGGAACAAGAGUACGUGUUGAAAUGUCUAACGGAAGAUCCAGAAGGGGAGGUGGAAGAAGAGGACCUUCUAGAUACUCAAGGUCUAGAUCGCCUAGGAGAUCACGUUCUGUAUCUAGAUCCAGAAGCAGGGAUAGGCGUAGCAGGUCAGAUUCAAGAGAUCGUCGAUAAACGUUGAUUACCAACUUCGAAGGACAAAGUUGAGAGCCCAACAUCGUACAUAUUAAACACUUGUUUAAACCAUAUUUGCCAUAUUUGAUGGUGAAUUGUAGAGUCUUUCUAUCAAGAUUUCUACUAAUUUUUAAGCUACUUAACCUCCUUUUUGUUUAUUCAAAUAGGUGGGAUAGUAUUUUCAUUUUUUGUAUACAAAUAUGUUUUUAUUUGUGACCUGAUACUGAGGAAUGUAUAUUUAAGAAAAUAAAAAAAAUUGAAAAACUUAA